AUGGAUCGACCUAAAAGAGACUCCCGAACGCGUCAAGUGGUGGAGCGGUGGCGUGAGCAAGAGCAUGAAAACAAUUACUUUGGCUUUGAUCCUGUUACUCCAUUGACGGACAAAAGAUACAAGCCGCACCAGGAAACGGGAAAUCCUUCAAGACAUCAAAAGCAGGAUAUCGCGUGGCAUUCGUCCACAAGCUUAUAUCCCGAGGAACCGGAAUCCCGUGACUUACCAAUGAGACUCAACCCGGAGUUCUACCGUCCUGAUAGCGCUUUUCAUUGCCAAACUGAAGAGAAAGACUGCAACACACCGGACCUUUGGGGAUUCGAUCCCGCCAUUCCUUCCAAACAAGCACCUAUCUACUCGGAGAAGAAUUGGGCUCAAUCUGGGUUUAACGAAGAAAAGCCUGCUGGGAAGACAACGGACAAUAUGGCAGCUUUAACGAAAGCGGGGUUUCAGACAUUUGCAAUUCGAACGACGCCUUCACAGCAUACGUUACCGGAUGUUUUCUUUAAAGCCAGCUUGAUUUCGCGGCGACGAUGUCUCGAUGAAUAG